UUUCUGAAAUCCUCAGUCCCCAUGCCCCCCUGCCACACGUCUGACAAGGACACACACAUCAACGGUUACUCCAUCCCGAAGAACACGGCCAUCAUGACCAACAUGGACUCUCUGAUGAUGGGACCGGAAGUGGGAGACGAUCCAAUAGAGUUCAGACCAGAACGAUUUCUUACAGAAGAUGGGAGGCCAUUUUAUCCUAAAUGGUUCUUGCCCUUUUCAACUGGUAAGUUAGUUUCUCUUUAA